UAAUUUAAAUCUUUAAAUUAUGAGCAAAAAGGAUAAAGAUUAUACAGGGUAACUUGUUAUUUAUUAUUCAUUUAAGAUUUCCAGGUGAUUGCAAUCAGACUCAACUCAAGGCUUUGGCUGAUUUCAGAAAUAUUGUCAAUAGUAUGGGAUUGAAUGAGAAAAUCUAUGAUGAUCCAUAUCUCUUGAGGUUUCUAAGGGCAAGGAAGUUUGAUAUUACUAAAACUCAAGUUAUGUUUAACGAUUUCAUUAAAUGGCGUAAAGAAAACGAUGUUGAUAACAUUAUGGUAAUAUUUAAAUAAUCUUAGACAUAUAUGUUUGAUGAAUUACCACAAGUAAGAACUCACUACCCUCAUGGUUAUCACAAAACAGAUAAAAUGGUAUUCAAUUUCUAUAUCUAUUUUAGGGAAGACCAAUUUACAUUGAAAGGAUUGGAAUGUUAUAAUUGAAUAAACUUUUUGAAAUCACUUCAGAAUAAAGAUUGAUCAAAUAUUACAUCUAAUCAUAUGAAUUAUUGCUUAAAAGAAUAUUUCCAGCAUGUUCUUAAGCAAAAGGAACAAGAAUAGAUUAGACCUUCACAAUUUUGGAUCUUAAAGGUGGGUCAAUGAAGAUGGUUUCUAAAUAAGUUUAUAAUUUCAUUCAAUUAGCAUCAAAUGUUGGUUAAAAUAAUUAUCCUGAAAUAUUGGGAAAGUAAAAUUAUCUAUAAAUAUAAUAGAAUGUAUAUUGUUAAUGCCCCUAUGAUGUUCACGGGUAUUUGGGCCAUGAUCAAAAUAUGGUUAGAUGAGAAAACAAAAAAUAAAAUCACUAUUUUGGGUUCAAGUUACAAGGAUGAAUUAUUAAAACACAUAGAUAUUGAUAAUUUACCUGAUUUUUUGGGAGGAAAUUCAAAAUGUGAAAAUACAGAGGCUCUUUCUUUAAAUAUUGGUCCUUGGAAUCCAGAUGGUACUAAGCCACUCUUUCCAGUCGAAUAACCUGCUUAAUAAGAGUACUCAUUUUUUUCAUUUAAAUAGAUAGGAGACUCAAGAAUUAACUUAAACAUAAGAAGACGAAGAUUAAAAAUAAAAAUUAGAUCAAUUGAAAUCAGCCUUGGCAGAUAUGUAAUUUGCAUCUCCAACUGAAAAAGCUCCUCAUAAUCCCAAUAAGUACGAAGUCACAACUUAAAACAAUCAUAUGGUUAGUGAUACACCUCUUAAUACAGAAGUGGUAAGAAUAUAAUGUUUACAUUUAGGGUGAAGAAGACAAUCAAUUUUCACAAUAGCAAUAACAAUAAUUAUAAUAGUAAUUACAAUAGGAUUGAUUUAGACAUUAAAAAUAUAUAUAUAUAUUUAAAUUUUUC